AUGAAGUUGCCGGACGCCAUCGAGAGCGCGUGGGGGUUGAAGCAGAACGGUAUCUUCGACGAAGGAGAGUGGAUCGCGCAGAUUGAUGGUGAAAUCCAGGGCAUUACCAGCAGCACCCGCCUGUCCUUGUCAUCCCAACAAGAUGCCAGCAGCGCACGAGGUGCUGCUGCACCUUCUCAGCACCCACCUGCUGCUGCAGCGGGUACCGCGAGGAGGAAGAUGGAUCGAGGGAAGCACGCCAGGGAGAGAGCUGCGAAAGGCACUUUUGGCGGCAACAUCUGCAACGCGUUCUCGAUUGGCAGCGGACAAUCGCUUUCCGACUCCGCCGGGACUCCGGCCCCGGAGUCCCGCCGAUCCUGCCCUCACUGUCCCAUGACCUUCGUGAACGAGCAAGGCCUUGGGAUCCACGUGAGAACGCAGCACAGCAGUGCAAACAUGUCCAACGGCGUGCGGCUGCGGCGGAUGCUACGGAAGAAUCUCGAAGGGCGCGUCCUCCGGUGGAUAGAAGCCGAGCCUGGGCGUUGUUGGCACGUGAAGGUCGAUGAUGUGACGGGGGCGGCUUCGUUUGUCCUCCAGCGGAAGCACUUUCUCGAUCUAGACUUGGAAAGCGACGGCUUUAUGGACCACGACAGCAAGGAAACUCGUGGAGCUCCCCAAGCGCAGGCGAUACGACUACAGGACAACGCCACGGACCUCUUGAAGGAGGAGGAGCGCACGCCUCUUCAGUACUUUGAGGAUCGUCUCAAGGUUCACUACAGCAACAUCGUGAAGUGGGCCAAGGACGAGAAGGCCAUAGUCGCGGCGGCAGCAGACGACGUGAAGAAGAGCCUCCUCGCCAAGCAGCAGCGAAAGCGGUGGUUUCCUGAGGCAGAAAAGAGGCUUUACAAGAUGUUCGCGGAGCGGCGUAAGAGGAAGCUGAAGGUAUCGACCCUGUGGCUGACGAUCAUGUUCCGGAAGCUCGUGCGAGAGAUGUAUCCCGGGGACCAACGGGCGGCGGCGUUCCGCGCAUCGUUCAGGUGGGCACGUAAAUGGGCCAAGAGGCACAACCUGUCCAAAAGACGUCGGACCAACCUCAAGAACAAGUCUGUUGAGGAGCGCCUACCAAAGAUCCAGCGCUUCCACCGACUGUUUCGCAAGCUCCUGCAAGAGUCGGUACGGUACAGGGUGCCCAAUGAGUCGGACGUAUCGGCGAUUACGACGGUCGCAGAGAGGGAGUCCAGAGUUCCCAAGUAUGGCCAAUUCCAGCUCUGGGAGCGUUGGAAUGUGGAUCAAGUGCCUUUGGCAUUCGUAAACGGGCUGCUCGAUACGUGGGAGGAACGAGGUGCGAAGCGUGUCGCCAUCUCACAGCCCUUUCCUGGCCUAGAGUAA